AUGUUCCAACUUCCAUUUAUGGACGAGCUCCGCUCGCUGGUGGCGUCUAGUGCCAUCGACGACGCGACCGAUCGAUUGAACAGCUUCGCCACCGCCUUUCUGCUCAUCUUCUUCGCCGUGUUCAUCUCGGCCAAAACGUACGUCGGCGAGCCGAUUCAGUGCUGGUUUCCGUCGCAAUUCGAGCACGAUUGGAAAGAGUACUCGGAGACGUUGUGCUUCGUGCAGAAGACGCACUUCAUUCGGGACACGAGUCCGCUCAACAAUCUCAUUCAUGUCGAGAAUCCCGACAAUCACGUCACCUACUAUCAAUGGUCCGCAAUUUUUCUCACGCUGAUGUCUCUCGGAUUCAUUGCGCCCAAGUUGAUCUGGAAAAAGGCGCAAUCCAAAUUUGAUAUUCCGCUUUUGUACUUCUGCGAGACGGCCGCCGAGAUCAAGAUGAAGUCGAGCAUCGAGAUUGCCGAAAAGGUCCGCGAGAUGGGCAACUAUAUGAAGAGCAAGCUGACGAAUCGCGACAGGGAGAUGAAGACCAAGUCUCGUCUCGCCUACACCUACCUUGUCAUCAAGUUGCUCUACGUCCUCAAUAUCCUCAGCCAACUCACGCUCGUCAGCUUCUUCCUCGGACACAACGCGAAUCUGUUUUGGGGCAUCGACAUCAUGACGAAUCUCGUGGGCAACGUCACCUGGUCGGACACGGGCAUCUUCCCGCGAAUCACCUUCUGCCACUUCACCAUCCGCACUCCGAUCAUUCAGCAUCACGUCGUCCAGUGUGUGCUCGCCGUCAACGAGUUCAACGAGAAGAUCUUCGCGUUCCUCUGGGUGUGGCUCAUCCUCGUCGGAAUCGCUACUCUCAUCGGAAUGGUCAUUGUGCUUCUACGUCUCUUGAACUAUGGAUUCAUCAACGAUCUUCUUCUCGAUACUCCCAAGAAGGAAAUCGUGUCCGAAUUUGCCAAUUAUCUCGGCAAAGACGGCCUUCUGGUUCUCUUGUUCGUCUCAUCGCAGAGUGACGUCGUCGCUUCGGACCUCACCAUGUUCAUGUUCGACGCCUUCUUGAAAUCCCAUUUAGAAAAGAUCGCGGAGAUUGAAAAGAAGGAGAAAUUGGCUAUUCUCAAUGUAUAG